UUUUUUGUUUUGUUUUGAGAGCAGCAAUAACAGGAUGAAAUACCAGCUAAACAAAUAUAGUUGCAAGAGCAGAGCAUACAGCCUGAGGAAAAGCAAUUUUCACAGCUCUGUUUGCACUCCCCAGUUGGAGGAGGAUAUAUAGAGUCAGUUUGGUUUGAGGAAACUGGAGCACACUCAGAAGAACUUGGACUGCUGGCUGUUGCAGUGUGUUCAGGCAGCUGUUGGGUCAAGCUGCGAUGGAUGUGGGUUUCUCUUUGCGCUUGGACGCGAAGGGGGCAAUGCGGACCGCAGUGGUUUCUGCCGAGAGACUGCAACUAAGUUUAAAGAGUGAGCUGAGUCAGGAAGAACAGGCCCUCACAAAGAGCAAUGGGAGCCUCAAGGAGACGCGCAAAGUUGGGAAUGAAGACCUUAAAGAGAUGUUGGAGAGCAACAAAGAGUCACUCAAACUGGAGGCCAUGAAAAGGGUUGUUGGGCUCAUCGCCAAAGGGAAAACUGCAUCAGAGCUGUUUCCUGCUGUUGUGAAGAACGUCGCCAGUAAGAAUAUAGAGCUGAAGAAGCUUGUUUAUGUCUACCUGGUGAGGUACGCAGAGGAGCAGCAGGACCUGGCUUUAUUGUCGAUCAGCACCUUUCAAAGGGCCCUGAAGGAUCCGAACCAGUUCAUCCGUGCCAGUGCUCUGAGGGUCCUGUCCAGCAUACGUGUCCCAAUAAUUGUCCCAAUCAUGAUGUUGGCCAUCAAGGAGGCGGCAUCUGACAUGUCUCCAUAUGUCAGGAAGACCUCAGCACAUGCUAUCCAGAAGCUUUACAGCCUGGACCCAGAGCAGAAGGAGCAGCUGAUUGAAGUCAUAGAAAAACUGUUGAAAGACAAAAGCACCUUGGUGGCCGGCAGUGUGGUGGUGGCCUUUGAGGAGGUUUGUCCAGAUCGCAUUGACCUGAUCCAUAAGAACUACAGGAAGCUGUGUAACCUGCUGGUGGAUGUGGAAGAGUGGGGCCAGGUGGUCAUCAUCUCCAUGUUGACCCGCUAUGCAAGGACGCAGUUCAUCAGCCCCUGGAAGGAGGGUGCUGCAUUUGAUGAAAACAGUGAGAAGACUUUCUAUGACUCUGACCAUGAGGAGAAGAAAGAUCAGACAGAGGCCAAACCUUACAUCAUGGAUCCAGACCACAGGCUGCUGCUCAGGAACACUAAACCUCUACUACAGAGCAGAAACACUGCCGUGGUGAUGUCUGUUGCGCAACUCUACUGGCAUCUGGCCCCAAAACAGGAAGUUAGCAUCGUCACUAAGUCUCUGGUUCGACUGCUGAGAAGCCACAGGGAGGUGCAGUAUAUUGUCCUGCAGAACAUUGCCACCAUGUCCAUUCAGAGAAAAGGAAUGUUUGAGCCAUUCAUGAAGAGUUUCUACGUCAGGUCUACAGAUGCCACACAUAUCAAAACCCUGAAGUUGGAGAUCCUGACCAACCUUGCCAAUGAAGCCAACAUCUCCACCAUUUUGAGGGAAUUUCAGACCUAUGUUAAAAGUCAGGACAAGGCGUUUGCUGCAGCCACAAUCCAGGCCAUUGGCAGAUGUGCCACCAACAUCUCUGAGGUGACAGACACCUGUCUCAACGGUCUGGUUCUGCUUCUUUCCAACAGAGACGAAACUGUCGUGGCAGAGAGUGUAGUCGUCAUCAAGAAGUUGCUUCAGACUCAGCCCACUCAGCACAGUGAGAUCAUCAAGCACAUGGCCAAGAUCUUUGACAACAUCACUGUACCCAUGGCUCGAGCUAGCAUCCUGUGGCUGAUGGGAGAGUACUGCGAAAAGGUGCCAAAGAUCGCACCAGAUGUUCUUCGUAAAAUGGCCAAGAGCUUUACAACAGAGGAGGACAUUGUCAAGCUGCAGAUUGUCAACUUGGCAGCCAAACUCUACCUGACCAACUCUAAGCAGACCAAGCUGUUGACCCAGUACAUCCUGAACCUGGGCAAAUACGACCAGAAUUAUGACAUCAGAGACCGAACGCGCUUCAUUAGACAACUCAUAGUACCGAGUGAGAAGAGUGGGGCCCUUAACAAGUAUGCCAGACGGAUCUUGCUGGCUCCCAAACCUGCUCCAGUGCUUGAGUCUGCUUUUAAAGAUCGAGACCGUUACCAGCUGGGCACUCUGUCUCACAGUCUCAAUACUAAAGCUACAGGAUACCAGGAGCUUCCAGACUGGCCGUCGGAGGCCCCGGACCAGUCUGUCAGGAAUGUGGAGGUCAUUGAGCCGGUGAAGGAGUGGGCACCGCUGGUUGGGAAGGUCAAGCAACCCAAGUCUGACCAGAAGUUCUACUCUGACGAAGAGGAUGAGAAAGAGGAGGGAGGGUCAGAGAGCAGCGGGAGUGAGGACGACAGCAGCAGCAGCAGCAGCAGCAGUGGCAGCAGCAGUGAGGAGUCCGGCAGUGAGAGUGACGAGGAAAGCAGUGAAGCAUCAGAAAAGACCUCCAGUGAUUCUGGGAAGAGUUCCAGUGAAUCCGAGGAGAGCUCCAGUGAAUCUGACUCGGAACAAAACAAGAAGAACAAGACCAAGAAAGUGGCGCAGAAGAGAAGCAAACCAGCUGCUGUCAACAGUGACUCGGACAAAAACGGCAACGGACCUGUAGCUGACGCCACCUCAGAGGAAAGCUCCUCUUCCUCAGAGUCCGACUCUGAAGAGGACUCGGAUUCGGACGCCCCCACAGUGCAGAAGAAGAAAAAUGACGUGAAGUCCAAACCUAAGGAAGGAGUGAAGUCAAAGAAGGAAGUCUCUCUUCUGGAUCUAGAUGACUUUUCUCCCGCACCUGUAAACAACACACCAAAGUCAGCGUUCGUCUCCUCCAGUCUUCUGUCCGACCUCGAAGGCCUGUCCCUCUCCAACGUCUCCCCCACCAUACAGGUCAACACACCGUCUUUCGGCCCCAUUAAAACCCACGAGUUGCUUCACCACAUGACUGGAAAAGGCCUCUCUGCGAAGUAUCACUUCCCGAGGCAGCCGUGCCUGUACCAGCCCAGUAUGGUGGCUGUGCAGGUCAUACUGACCAACAGCUCAGAUCACAGCCUGGAGGAGAUCCACAUAGGAAGUCGAAACCCAGCUAACCUGAACAUCCACUGUUUUAACACCGUCGAGCGGCUGGAGCCCGGGGCCUCGGUGACAGUUUCCAUGGGUAUUGACUUCAGCGACUCAACGCAGGCCGCCAACUUCCAGUUGUGCACAAAGGAAGACCAGUUUAACGUGUCCAUCCAGCCAGCUGUUGGUGAGCUGUUAAUGCCCAGUACCAUGACAGAGCAGGACUUCUGCAAAGAGCAAGGUAAACUUCUGGGUAUGAAUGAGACCUCAAAAACCAUCACCAUGGCAACAGCCACCACCUCCAGACAGGCCGUCAACAAGCAGGUCCUGUCUGUGGCCAAUAUAGGAGUGGUGUCCUGCGGCCUCGACAACAUCCACAGGUUUGCUGGUCGGACAGUCAGCAGUGGGGCCCUGGUCUUACUGUCGGUGGAGAUGAAGGAGACUUCCUGUGGCCUUCUCACCAUCAACACUGAGAAGAGUGUCAUGGCCUCCAUGUUGCUCCGUGACCUCACACACGCCCUUGCCCAGUCGUAGAGUCCUGCAGCCAAACGCUCCACUCACAUCAGGUUCUUAGAGUGACGGUUAAAGGGAGCGACACUUUUUAAAUUGUUUUAAUAUCUUGGUUUGGCAAAAAAUAAAAGUAAAAACUUUAAAAGUUGACUGACUGAAAAUCUCCAAGCUUGAACUUAAGAAUAGUCCUGGACCCUGAUUGUUACUCCUAAAUUAAGUGACGAGUGCCAUCAAAACACACACAAACUUAGUGUGGUUAGAAAUGAAAGAAAUAAUCCAAACUGCCAAUAUGUGGUUCGUGGUUCUGUUCGUUGGACCUCAUCCUAAUCACCCUAAUCAUAAAUGACCUCCCAUUGUUUUCGCUGCCAUUGAGUUUCUUCUGCAGAGCUACGACAGCCAACUGGGACCGAGACAUUUCAAGCAACGAUCCUUGAUUGGAUGAACACUGUUGUUGCCAAGAAAAACAGAAGAUCAGAGCCAUUUCAACUCCACCUGAAUACUGACGUAAACUGUAGCUUUAAUAACAGCAGCUCGUCCCUUUGCCAGGUUUAGUUCUACAUUUCUGUUGGACUCUCUGUACUUCACAUUUGUGCCUUCUACAUGAAAAUAUUGUUAGAACACCAAGCAAGAAAACCAUAGCCCUAAAUCGAUCAGGUAUUUUUUAUCUGCAUUGCUUCUGCUGAAUAAAAUGAAAAAUGAACUUAUUAAA